GUACGCCGCGUGCUCGCCCCAGGGUGCCAACGUCGCCGCCGCGCCGCAGGCGUGCGGGCGCCGUGGAGCCGCUGCUGCACGGGCUGGAGCGGCACUGCCCGAGGCGGGUGCGCCUCGCCCUCGGGGCGGACCCGGAGGCGGCCAGGCUGCCGUUCUGGGAACGCCGCUUCGAGUGGCCGCUCUGCGCCGCUGUCCGCCUGGGGUGCAGCGAGGAGAGAUCGUCAGGCUGCUGAUCGAGAACGGCGCGGAGGUCGACGUGGCGGGCGGCGACGGGCAGUUUCCGAUCCAGCUCCUCAGCUCCAGAGAGGGCCCUCCUGUCGGCCUCCCUGGAAUCCCCGGCAGCGCCGAGUGGACGGAGCGAGCGCGCGAGGCCGCCGUGCGGCUCGAGCUGGGCGUGGCCGCGGCGCUGCUGCUCGCGGGCGCGGAUCCACGGGCGUGCUGGGGCCGCCCGGGCGGCGGGCAGCGCUCGGGGCUGGAGCUCGCGCGGCGCGCCGGGAAGGAACACCUGGUCGCUCUGUACGAGGGCCGCGGCACCUUAGACGGCCGGGCGGAGCAACAGGUCCUCGAGGAGAUGUUCGACCACAAGCUGAGCAUCACCUUUCUGAAGCUGUCGGACGGCCGGGGCUGGGUCUUCGACUCCAAGCCAGGCGUCGGCACCAUGUGCGUCCGCAUGGACCACGACGACCACCACGCGGGCCACGGAGGCCUCGGCAGCCACGCCUCCGUGGCGUCGCACGGCGCGCCCGGCGCGCACGGCGCGCACGGCGCCCACGGCACCGGCCCGCUGGUGGCGCCCGCCAGCCUGGUGGCGCAGCUCCCGGUGCCCGGCGUCGGGGAGGCGCCGUGGCUAUCCGCCCAGAGCCUCGCAGGCCUCAGCGAUGGCCACGGCCACGGCCACGGCGGACACGGCCACGGCGGACACGGCCACGGCCACGGCCACAGCCCGCCGCCCUCGGCUCUGCCGACGGUGCCCUCGGGGGACAACAUGUGGGUGCACAAGCCGGAUUUCCUGGCGCCCCUCCAGAUCCGCAAGGCGCCCGCCAUAGACGCCGAGAGGACAGAGCACAUGCUGAUGCCAGGCGAGACGUUUUGCGUCACAGACGAGAUGGUCGGCCAGCACGACGUCCGCUUCCUGAAGCUGGCCGACGGACGAGGCUGGGUCUUCGACAGGAAGCCGGGCGUUGGCAUGACGUGCUUCCGGCAGCCGCUCAUCGAGGGAGGCGCGGCGGGGUCGGCGGCCCCGGCGCCGUCCGUGUACGCGUCGUCCAUGGGCGGAUCGGUGUGCGGCUCCGUGCCCGUGCCGCCGCCCUGCGCGCCCGCCUCGGCGGCGGCAUCCGGGCAG